UCGGUAACGAAUCGACGAUGUAUCAAUAAGAAACUAGAGAAGUCUUCAGCUUCCACCAUAUCUAGGGUUCUCACUUCUAAAGACAAAGAUCCUUUUUCAUUCACAUCUACCUCCACUGCUAAAUCUCAGCUUCCCGAUGGUUUGUCGUUUCCUUCAUUCUUUCAUAUAUGUGGCUUUUGUUGUGGUAGUUUGAUUUUGAUUGCAUUGUUCUUAAGUGGAACGGAAGGUGAUGAUACAUCGUGGAUCUCUUGGUUUUGUAAUUUGAGAGGCAAUGAUUUCUUCUGUGAAGUCGAUGAAGAUUAUAUUCAAGAUGAUUUCAAUCUUUGUGGAUUAAGUGGUCAAGUUCCUUACUAUGAUAAUGCUCUUAAUCCCGUUUUAGAUGCCGAAUCUUCCAACAGUGAGAUGUUUACAAAAGAACAAAAUGAAAGGGUGGAAUCAGGUCUUAUUCAUGUCUGUUACAUUUUGACAACUAAAAAGAAUGGCUGCAAUGAUAACAGUAUUAAUUGGAGAAACUGGUUUAGGGAAGAGAGCACUCAGUUGGUUCAGGCCUGGAUGGAUUCUCUCGAUCAGGACUGGCUUCAGUCUGUGCUGAAUAGGCCAGAGCCGAAGUUGACUCUUAUUUAUAAUCCUAGAAAGAAAAAGACUACCACUGCCAUGGGUUGGCCUCUCAGCAGUCGCUGGAAGCUUGUUCUACCCGUAUGGAAGAACUUGACUUGAAUGAGGGAUCUGAUCAGUAUCAGACCACUCGUGACUCUGAUAUAUUUGAUACUCAGGUUAUAUAUUUUCCUUCUUUUCAUAUAUAACCCUUUGCAACUGGAAAAAGAUUUGUCUUCAUCUUUUGUCUCUUAUAACCUAACUUGUAUAUAUGUUAUCAUUUCACAGUGAUCUGAGUUAUUAUGAUGGUGUCUUGUCUA